GGAGUCAUUUCUUCUUUUUUAGGUUAUCCCUACAACAGUACCUGGCAAGGGUUGCUCCUCUCUGGGCUGUUUAGUUUUAACUUUACCAAACGUCAAUGGCUACCACUAUCUCAGUUUCUACCUCUCAGAUAAUUUUUACUGAGCAAGGAACAGAAUCAACAGUACUGGCAGCAGGGAGAGGGACCGAUGUUAUGUAGGCGUACAGAAGUCCGGCUAUUUUACCCUACUUCCUGGACUUGAAGAACAAGUCAGUACCAGCUGCCAUCUUCCUUUUGGAGCAAAGAGUUGAAACAAAACCCAAGAAAUGCCUCAUUCCACAAACAAAGAACUGAUACUUGGUAUCAUGGUGGGAACUACUGGAAUCAGCUUGCUUCUUUUGUGGUACCACAAGGUUCGUAAAUCAAGGACAACAUUGAAUUUACCUAACGUUCUUUCUCUGGGUAAUAAGUUUGAUUCUGUGACUUUUCAAGAUGAAAUGUGUAAUGGCCAAGGAACAGCUGCAAUCUUUCAAGGAAGGCAGCUUCAGAUAUUGGAGAAGUUAAACGAAUUACUGACAAAUAUGGAAGAACUCAAAGAGGAAAUCAGAGUUCUUAAAGAAACGAUUCCAAAGCUGGAGGAAUAUAUACAAGGUGAACUUGGAGGGAGGAUAACUGUUCAUAAGAUAAGUCCUCAGCACAGAGCUAGAAAAAGAAGGCUUGCCACAGUUCAAAGUUCUGGAACAAGCAAUAGUUCAGAGGAAGCAGAAAGUGAAGGAGGGUAUAUUACAGCUAAUACUGACACAGAAGAACAGAGUUUUCCAGUCCCUAAGGCAUUUAACACACACAUAGAGGAAUUAAAUUUAGAUGUCCUUCUUCAGAAGGCUGAUAAUUUACGUAUGAAUGAAUGUAGCAAAAUGGAGAGUUUUGAACUACUUUGUGAUCACAAAGAAAAGUUUAGAGAUGAAAUAGAGUUUAUUUGGCGGUUAGUUCGUGCUUACGGAGACAUGUAUGAGCUAUCUACUAACGCACAAGAAAAGAAACAUUAUGCUAAUAUCGGAAAGACGUUAGGGGAAAGAGCGAUCACUACAGCACCCACGAAUGGACAUUGUCAUCUGUGGUAUGCGGUUUUGUGUGGCUAUGUAUCUGAGUUUGAGGGCUUACAAAACAAAAUCAACUAUGGACAUCGCUUCAAGGAACAUCUAGAUAAAGCAAUCCAAUUUUUACCUGAAGAACCCUUUUUGUAUUACCUCAAAGGAAGAUACUGUUAUACUGUCUCGAAACUGAGCUGGAUUGAGAAAAAAAUGGCUGCUACUCUGUUUGGAAAAAUACCAUCCUCAACUGUAGAAGAAGCUUUGCAAAAUUUCCUUAAGGUUGAAGAACUACACCCUGGUUUUUCUAAGUCCAAUUACUUGUUCUUGGCCAAGUGUUACAUCGAUCUUGAACAAACAGAUGACGCUAUGAAGUUUUGUAAUUUGGCAGUGUUGCUUCCUUGUGUUACCAAAGAGGAUAAAGAUGCACAGAAAGAAGUGAAAAAAAUAAGCACUUCCUUGAAGAGGUAAAUAGAAGAACUUACUCUUCAGCAAAUCAGAUGUGGUCUACUAAACUUUAAUCCAAGUUGUGUUUUUUUAUUAUCCUUUUUUCUUCUUUGACGUAAGGGUAGUAUGCUCAGAUUUGAAGGUAAAACCACAUUUCUGCAGAGUGCAUUCCAAUAGUAGCAUGACAAAACUAAUCAUGUUGUUGGCAGAAAUCAAGUUCCCAUAAUGUCAGUACAAAAUUAUCUUUAAACAUGUAUGAUUUAUAUUUUUCCUAUCAAUUAGCUAUAGUCUUCAGA